AUGUUGAGCAUCAAGAGUUCUUACACCGUUAAGCCGGCUUCUCCAACCCCCAACUGCCGGCUCUGGUUAUCGGACUCCGAUCAGCUCGAACCCUAUACCCAUGCACCCACCAUCUACUUUUACCGAUCACCCAUCGGCGUUUCACCGUCCUCGGCGGUUGAAACCAUGAGAAGCUCUUUAAGCCAAGCGCUGGUGCAAUUCUAUCCAUUAGCAGGCCGUCUGCAGUGGAUUGAUGGAACUCGGCUUGAACUCGAUUGCAACGCCAUGGGGGUAGAGCUCCUUGAGGCUGAGUCAGAAAACAGAAUCGAUGACUUCGGCGACUUCCGGCCAACCCCAGAGAUCAGACAACUCAUCCCUCGGGUUGAUUACGGUCUUCCCAUUAACGAGAUCCCGCUGUUACUGGUGCAACUCACCAGCUUUCCCUGUGGUGGCAUUAGCAUUGGGGUAGCUAUAUCACACAGCGUCGUGGAUGGAAAAUCCGCCAUUAAUUUUAUCGGUGCCUGGACCAAGAUUGCCCGGGGUGAGAAACCGGAUCCGACCCCACCAUUCCUUGAUCGGACGGUUCUACAAGCGAGUGGACCUGUUGUGGCCCCACGCUUUGAUCACGUGGAAUUCGAUUCUCUACCCCACUUGAUUGGCCGACCGGACGAUAAGGAAGAGAGAGCGAAGGAAACAACGGUGGAGAUGUUCAAGCUGACGAAAGAGCAAGUGGAGAAGCUGAAGAGCAAAGCUAACGAGGGUCGAACCAAAGAUUCCGGUCGAGCCUACACUCGAUACGAAGCCAUUGCUGGGCACGUGUGGAGAUGCGCGUGUAAAGCACGCGCGCACGAGAGGGAGCAAUUAACGAAGGUGCGCAUCAUAGUUGAUUGUCGCAACCGGUUGAAUCCUCCCCUCCCGCAAGGGUAUUUUGGGAAUGCAAUUKUUCCGACGAUCGCCACCGCUCGAUCUGGUGACUUGAUGGAUCAGCCAUUGGGUUACGCAGCAGGCAAGAUCAGAGAGGCAGUGGUGAAGAUGACGGAUGAGUACGUGAGAUCUGCCAUUGAUUUCCUGAGAAGUCAACCGGAUCUGAUGCGAUUUAGGACUUCUUUCCAUUCAGUGGGCUGCUCAGAGGGGGGUUUCUUUGGAAAUCCAAAUCUAACGAUUACGAGCUGGCUGGGCUUGGCGAUAUACGAAGGAGACUUUGGGUGGGGAAGGCCCAUAUACAUGGGCCCAGGAUUAAUUGCUUCAGACGGAAAGUGUAGCGUCCUGUCCGGUGGGGAAGAUGGAUCUCUGGCCAUUCCGUUAGGAUUGCAGGUGGCCCACGUGGAUGCUUUUAAGGAAUUGUUUUACGAGGAUAUUAUGUAA